UCGAUCCUAGAAUGCGCCUGCGCAGAAAACAGGAAGUGAAAAGUGCUGCGCUCAGAACUGCAAAUAAUAAGUAGAUGUAAUUGUCAAGUAAUAUUAGCGGCUGUCAUUGAUAUUUUACGUAAUUACUAACCAUGGAGCUGUCUGAAAUACUGUACAACAAAGCGGAGUACAUUGAGACGGCUUCUGGAAACAAAGUGAGCAGGCAGUCUGUGCUGUGCGGGAGUCAAAACAUCGUCCUGAACGGCAAAACUAUCGUGAUGAAUGACUGCAUCAUCAGGGGGGAUUUGGCUAACGUCAGAGUGGGUAGACACUGUGUUGUAAAAAGCCGGAGCGUUAUUCGACCACCUUUUAAAAAGUUCAGCAAAGGUGUGGCGUUUUUCCCGCUCCACAUCGGAGAUCAUGUCUUCAUCGAGGAGGACUGUGUGGUCAAUGCAGCACAGAUCGGCUCCUAUGUCCACAUUGGCAAGAACUGCGUGAUAGGUCGUCGAUGCGUGCUGAAAGACUGCUGCAAGAUCUUAGACAACACGGUGCUUCCUCCUGAGACAGUCGUGCCGCCUUUCACAGUCUUCUCCGGAUGCCCAGGUCUGUUUUCUGGAGAGCUCCCAGAGUGCACACAGGAUCUAAUGAUUGAUGUAACCAAGAGUUACUACCAGAAGUUCCUGCCCCUCAGCCAGAUCUGAGUCACACCAUUAUACUUUAACCCAGCUCUGCGUUCAGUCUGACGCUCCUGUCAGACUGCAAUGGACUUUUGAGAGCUCAUCUUUCUCAUCAGAACACUAGUCUCAUUUAGCUGACCCUUGCCCUGGCAAUUCUCCAGCAUGUCAGAUAUAUAAAGAGCCUGGAUCCAGAUUUAUUUCAUAUACACCAAUGUUUUCCUCAUCAGUGUCUUUUUUUCAGAUAGGAAGUGAAGGAGUGAUACCUUAUGAGAUUUAACCAUAGACCAAAACUGUAGCAUCAAAUCUUCAACAAUGUUGGUGGUAUAUGUAACCCUACAACCUACGUAGUUUUCUCUUUCAACUAAAACAGUUUGCAUUUGCUUGCUUUCUUUUCCCUGUCCCUCAGAUGUUGUUAAACUCCAUAUUGUUUAUUUGAUCCAGUUGUUGCAGGUUGGCUCGUUGCAUUUGUCAUUUCUUAAGUUUACAGUUUUUGCAACAAGCAAUUAUUUAAGCCUGUAAAUAAAUGCAAAUGUGUGUAAUUGUCUAAA